CAAUAAGUUCAUUGGAGUUGUACCAAGAGAGCUAGCCAACUUAACAGAACUAAGAAUAUUAUAUCUUGGAAAUAUGCUUUUGGAAGGAGAGAUACCAGCGGAGCUAGGUAAUCUUAAGAAACUACAGGCGCUGGGAUUAUCCCAGAAUGAGUUUACUGGUUCUGUCCCCGCAAACAUUUUCAACAUGUCAGCACUACAGGCCCUACAACUUUCACAAAACAAGCUUUCAGGUACUCUGCCUUCCGAUUUAGGUCGUGGAAUCCCCAACAUAGAAGAAUUUGUUUGUGGAAGUAAUAAUCUGAGUGGUUUUAUCUCUGCUUCAAUCUCAAAUUCUUCAAGACUCAGAGGUCUUGAUCUCGCAGAUAACAGUUUCACAGGUCCAAUUCCUGAAUCACUUGGUAACUUAGAGUACCUUGAGAUGCUUACCUUUGAGAAGAAUAAUUUUUUUGGUGAUUCAGCAUUGAGCUUCCUUACAUCUUUAACAAAAUGUAGGAAACUAAAAUCUCUCUGGUUUGCUGACAAUCCGUUGGAUGGUGUUUUUCCAUCAUCUGUUGGAAAUUUCUCCAAUUCUCUACAAAUUUUUGUAGGACGGGGUUGUAAACUGAAGGGUGUCAUUCCUGAAGAAAUUGGUAAUCUUACAAGAGUUAUAAAGAUGAGUCUGUCUAACAAUGAGUUGACUGGACAUAUCCCGAAUACUAUCCAAGGCAUGCUGAAUCUUCAAGAACUUUACCUACGAAAUAACAAGUUAGAAGGAACCAUACCAGAUGUUAUAUGCAAUUUAAAGAAUCUUGGUGCAUUACACUUGUCAAGAAAUGUAUUUUCUGGUUCCGUGCCACCAUGCUUAGGAAAAGUCACCAGUUUGAGGUAUCUUUAUCUAGCUUACAACAGCUUGAAUUCAAGUUUACCUGAAAACUUGGGGGGCCUUCAUGAUCUCAUCGAAUUCGAUAUCUCAUCCAAUCUAUUGAGUGGGAAUAUUCCCGUGGAGAUUGGAAAUAUAAAGGCUCUAACACUCAUUGAUCUGUCAAACAAUAAAUUUUCUGGUAAGAUUCCUAGCACUCUAGGGGGUCUCGAUAAAUUGAUUAAACUUUCUCUUGCACAUAAUAGAUUAGAUGGGCCUAUUCCAGAAUCAUUUGGUAAAAUGCUGGCCUUAAAUUUCUUGGAUUUGUGUUAUAAUAAUCUUAAUGGUGAAAUUCCAAAGUCAUUAGAAGCUCUUGUGUAUCUCAAAUAUCUGAACAUCUCAUUCAAUAAACUCAGUGGAGAGAUUCCCACGGGUGGUCCUUUCGCAGAUGCCACAUAUCAAUCUUUCUUGUUCAAUGAUGCACUCUGUGGUGAUUCUAAAUUUCAUGUGCCACCAUGCAUCAUCAAAUCUCACAAGAGGAAAAAGGCAAUCUUCGUUUGUUACGUCCUUUUUGGGGUGGGUCUGCUAUUUCUUGCAUUAGCCCUCAGAUAUGUAUUUUUAAGAUUGAGAAAACCAAAUAAGAAUGCAGCUCAAGCAGAUGUGUCUUUGGUAAAAGGGCAUGAAAGAAUUUCCUAUUAUGAACUUGAACAAGCAACAGAAGGAUUCAAUGAAAGCAGCUUGCUUGGUAAUGGGAGUUUCAGCACGGUCUACAAAGGGAUACUUAAAGAUGGUAACCUUUUCGCAGCAAAGGUUUUCAAUGUGCAAUUGGAGGGUGCAUUCAAAAGUUUUGACACAGAAUGUGAGAUACUUCGAAACCUUCGCCACAGAAAUCUGACCAAAGUCAUCACCAGCUGCUCCAACCUUGAUUUCAAGGCCCUAGUAUUGGAGUACUUGCCCAAUGGGACACUUGAUCAAUGGUUAUACUCUCACAACUUGUUCUUGAACUUAUUGGAGAGAUUAGAUAUAAUGAUAGAUGUUGCAUCUGCAAUGGACUAUCUCCACAAUGGCUAUUCAACACGUGUGGUGCAUUGUGACUUGAAGCCAAGCAAUGUCUUGCUAGAUCAAGAAAUGGUUGGCCAUGUCACUGAUUUUGGCAUUGCUAAAUUGUUAGGUGAUGGGGAGACUUUUGUUCAAACAAGGACAAUUGCAACCAUUGGAUAUAUUGCUCCAGAGUAUGGACAAGAUGGAAUAGUAUCCACGGGCUGUGAUGUUUAUAGUUUUGGCAUCCUGAUGAUGGAGACAUUUACAAGAAUGAGACCAAGUGAUGAAAUAUUCAAUGGAGACUUGAGCUUACGACGUUGGGUUAGUGAUUCUUUUCCAAGUGGAAUUCAUAAGGUGGUGGAUUCUAAUUUGGUACAGUCACGAGAUGAACAAACCAACUCAAAGAUGCAAUGUUUGUUAUCUAUCAUGGAAUUAGCUUUGAGCUGUACUUUAGUGACACCAGAUGCAAGAAUUAGCAUGGAAGAUGCUCUUUCAACACUUAAAAGGAUUAAGCUCCAACUUCUCCACUAGUUGGAAUUGAACCAUUGGCUCUCGGAUGCUGCUUGAUUCCC